CUUAAACUUAAAGCCCUCAGCAAAAGACCAAUUUUUGGUCUCGUAGGGGUUUGGGACAGAUUCAGAUAGAGAAAGAAUGGAAGCUGUAGGUGUAGUUGGCAGUGGUGGACUAUGCGUCCCUGCGUCAUCCAUUAAUCGCUCAUCAACCCACACAACUUACAGCUUAUCCUUCGUCCCUGGCAAGAAGCUUGGCCUACGCAGUAGUCACCUAGCAGCAUUCCAUUCACCAUCCCAUCUUUUCUCUUAUUCCCCUUCACGUCCUUAUAAUGGUUCUUUUGCUUUCAUCAAUUUCUGCAAAAACAUGAGUUCUGAUAUUUCGGCAGCAACAUCAACCACCAAAAGACUUGAUGGGAAGGUUGCAUUGAUAACCGGUGGAGCUAGCGGCAUUGGAGAGUGUACGGCCAGGCUAUUUGUAAAACAUGGAGCCAAAGUUCUGAUUGCAGAUGUACAAGAUGAUCUUGGGCUAUCGCUCUGCCAAGAAUUCAGCUCUCCAGAAACCAUUUCUUAUGUUCACUGUGAUGUAAGUAGCGACUCUGAUGUAAAAAAUGCUGUGGAUUUAGCGGUCUCCAGGUAUGGAAAGCUCGAUAUAAUGUACAAUAAUGCUGGAAUUGGAGGUAAUCCAGACCCAAGAAUCUUGUCAACUGAAAAUGAAGAUUUCAAGAAAGUCUUUGAUGUAAAUGUGUUUGGUUCUUUCUUGGGUGCCAAGUAUGCAGCUAAGGUUAUGAUCCCAAACAAGAAAGGUUGUAUAUUAUUUACUUCAAGUUUAGCUUCUGUUUCUUCUUCAGGUUCUCCACAUGCAUACACCGCAUCAAAACAUGCAGUGGUUGGGCUUGCAAAGAACUUAAGUAUAGAAUUGGGGCAAUAUGGCAUCAGGGUUAAUAGUAUUUCACCAUUUGGAGUUGCAACUCCGCUGCUAAGAAAUGCUGUUGGAAAUAAGGAGAAGAAAGAAGUUGAGCAAGUGAUUGCAUCAGCUGCGACACUGAAAGAAGUGAUAUUGGAACCUGAAGAUAUUGCAAAUGCAGCUUUGUAUCUUCAAGUGAUGAAUCCAAGUGCAAGUGAUGAAUCCAAGUAUGUUAGUGGAAUUAACUUAGUGGUUGAUGGAGGUUUUAGUCUCACCAAUCCGUCAUUUGCAAUAGCAAUGCAAAGCUUGUUUUCUUAAGAUUGAGAAAUUUUGCUCGAGAUAUUAUGUACCGGUUAUGAAUAAAUUUCUACAGUUCCUGUUCUAUGUACCCUUUUCUCAAUAAAAGAGUUUUUCUUAUCAAUAAAACGAAGCAUUAUUUUCCCUU